AUGCCCUACUAUAAUUGUCAAUACAAAGAGAAUUUGUGUUCAUAUUUAUACCACCCGUCGUCGAAGCCAUUUGUUGAUAUGUCAUUAAUACAAACAUUAAACGUUGCAUGUGUUUUAUAAGAAUAUUUUAGUGAAUUCAUUUUUGUCAUUGUUUAUAACAAGACAAAAGUGAGUUCGAAUUAAACAUGCGUCGCGUUUAUGAAGCAUCGAAGACGGUACAUAUAUUUGUGAAAAAGGUUUUGUUAGGUAAAGCUAGGUCAUUGAAGGUGCAAGUUUAGCAGCGAAGAUGAGGAGGCACAUAGAUAAUAACAAGGAGCCCGUGGAGCCCCCGGCUCCCAAAAUUACAAGAUCGGAUGUUUUCCCAACCUCUAAAGAGUUCGCUUUAAAGCUGUGUUUAAGAUCGAUAUCAAGAUCUACGGAGCAAAAGGAUUUAUAUGAAGCUCACAGAUUUCUAAUGGAAUAUCUCAGGCGACCAGACUACGCUGAAUUAAUUAAUAAUUAUAUUGAACUAACAGAUUUAAGCGAAAAGGAUUUACGAAAGAGAUUACGCCAAUCGAUUGUGUGUUUUUAUUUUUAUAAUGAUAGUCUUGAACAGGCUAUUGAUAUCCCAGUUACUAAUAUGUAUUUUAUCUCGCAAAUAGUUGUAUUUAUUGAUAUGAAAGCUUUAGAGUGGCAAACGUUCAAAAGUCGUAAAAAUAGAGCUAAUAGGAAAUGCGAAAAUUUACGAAUAGAUCAGCAUCAACAGUUCUAUCGUUGUUAA